AACGCAAAGCGGCGAACUCAUGAUUACCAUCUCUGUCAAUGCCAGAGCUUGUAGUGCGCACCAGAGGUCUUCCCUCGUUAAAACGGUGCAUGCCGAUGAACUGGCGAUGAUGAACGCGGUGCUACUGAUUGCGAAAGAGUUGAGGUCGGCGCUAGUCAGCAAGACCCAUGUCUUCUCUGUGGCGCGUUCCGCCGCAGCUUGGCAGAGGGCCGUGCGUAAGAUUUUAUUCGAUUGUCCUUGGAACCUCAUGAACAAUUAUUGCGAAAGACCAGAUACCCGCUUCAGCAGCAAGCACACCACGCAUUUCCCCCAAAAUGGCCGCAGUAUACAAGUCGCUUUCCUCCGGAGGUCACGAGAAGGAGUCCGAGGGCAAGAAGAACAAGCAGAGGGUGCUCGUUCUUAGUUCAAGAGGUGUAACCUACCGACAUCGCCAUUUGCUACAGGACCUUUACUCUCUUAUGCCCCACAGCCGCAAGGAAGCAAAGCUCGAUACCAAGACCAAGCUCUACCAAUUGAACGAAUUGGCCGAACUGUACAACUGCAACAAUGUCCUCUUUUUCGAAGCACGUAAAGGAAAGGAUCUCUAUUGCUGGAUGGCAAAGGCUCCCAACGGCCCUACCGUGAAGAUGCACCUCCAGAACUUGCACACCAUGGAGGAACUCAACUUCAUUGGCAACUGUUUGAAGGGAUCAAGACCGAUCCUCUCCUUCGACGCCGCAUUCGAAAAGCAAGCCCACCUCCGCCUCAUGAAGGAGCUCUUCACCCAGAUCUUCGGCGUCCCCAAGACCUCCCGGAAAACGAAGCCUUUCGUCGACCACGUCAUGUCCUUCACCGUAACCAACAACAAAGUCUGGAUCCGCCUCUACCAAAUCAAUGAAUCCGAGAUCUCCAAGAAAAAGCCCACCUCCUCCGAAGACGCCCCCACCCCCGCGAAAAAGACCACCUCCACAGGCGCCCCCGCCUUCGACGUCAACCUCGUCGAGAUCGGCCCGCGCUUCGUCCUGACGCCCAUCGUCAUCCAGGAGUCCAGCUUCGGCGGGCCCAUCAUCUACGAGAACAAGGAGUUCGUGUCGCCGAACCAGAUCCGGUCCGACAUCCGAAAGGCGAAGGCGGGCCGCUUCAACAGGCGGAGCGAGGCGCAGUUCCAGAGUAAGGUUAAGAGGGGGGAGUUGGGGCUCGCGAGCCAUGGUGGCAAGAAGAAGGAGAAGGAUCCGCUCAGUAAUGAGGUGUUGUUUGCGUAGAUGGGGGAGAGGACAAGGAGGGCGAAGGACGGUGCAUCAUGGUUAUUGAAGGCACCAACGGCAAUCCCCGUUACCACAUUAAGUUUCAGGUCAGGAGGCUGUCAGGUCGUCGGGACUUUGUAAGAACAAAAGUUAUCCUCACGCAGAGGGAUUGAGGGACCCAAGCAAUUCAAGGCGUUAUCACGUUCCGUCACGUUUUACAUUUAUGUUUGGGAGAAAUAAAUAGAAUCUAAAAUCCCA